UCUCCGGCGCGGGCGGCGUUUUCUGCCUCCGGUCUCUGCCCCGCGGCGCUCGCGAUGCUGGUCCAGUUCGCCCCGCUGCGGCUGCCGCUGCGACGCCGCCUCCAAACCGCCGCGGUGCUGCAGUGGGUCUUUUCCUUCCUGGCGCUGGGCCUGCCUCUCUCCCCAGCGCAAUGCUGCCUGGUCUUGUUCCUCGUCUUGCUCCUGGGAGACGGCUGGGUGCUGGCUGUCCUCUACGCUGCCUGGCUGUACCUGGACUGGGAGACCCCGGCCAGAGGGGGCCGUCGCUCCAACUGGGUCCGCAACUGGUCGGUGUGGCGCUACUUCCGAGACUACUUCCCCAUGACGCUGGUGAAGACGGUGGAUCUGGACCCCUCGCGCAACUACCUCUUUGGCUUCCACCCCCACGGCGUGCUGGUGGCUGGCGCCUUCGGGAACUUCUGCACAGAGGGCACCGGCUUCUCUGCCCUCUUCCCGGGACUCACCUCACACCUGCUGAUGCUGCCCUUCUGGUUCAAGGUGCCCUUCUUCCGAGACUACAUCAUGAGCGGCGGGCUGGUUUCCUCGGACAAGAGCAGCGCCGCCUACCUCCUUGGCCACGAAGGUGGGGGCCAGGUGGCCGUGAUCGCUGUUGGGGGGCCUCCCGAGUCGCUUGACGCCCGACCCGGAGCUCUGACCCUCCAGCUUCGCAACCGCAAGGGCUUCAUCAAGAUGGCGCUGCAGCACGGAGCUGCCCUGGUCCCCGUCUUCUCCUUUGGGGAGAACGAGCUCUUCAACCAGGUCUCCAACCCCCAGGGCUCCUUCAUCCGAGCAGCGCAGGAGCGGCUCCAGAAGGCCAUAGGGCUGGCGCUGCCCCUCUUCCACGCCCGGGGGGUCUUCCAGUACAACUUCGGGCUCCUGCCAUUCCGGAGGCCCAUCUACACCGUCGUGGGGGCCCCGAUCCUCGUGCCCAAGACCCCUCACCCGUCAUCCGAGGCCAUCGACCAGCUGCACAAAACUUACCUGGAGAAGCUCAACCAGCUCUUUGAGGAGAACAAGGCCGCGUACGGCCUCCCCGAAGACAGGCACCUCGAAAUUGUGUAGGGCAGGGUGGGGGAGAGAAACCCACGGACACCCCCCCCCCACC